GGCACCUCCCACGCGGCUCGAGGAAGAGGUGGAGCCAAAAUGGCGGCCAAGGUCACCAAAUUGGCAGCCCUUCCUACAGUUCUAGCAGGGACCUCCACUAAUGUGUUUGCCGCAGCUGAAGAAGAACAGAAAUCCCGCCGAAUUAAAGUGCGUCAGCUUCCUAUUUACAGUGCCCCACCUCUGGAAUCACGCUAUAUUGAUGAGAAGCCCAGCCGGCUGCAGACCGGGAUUUCAUCCCUAAGAAAGUCAACAGGUUAUUACCUAAAGGGAUGCAAGGACGCUUACCUCUUUGUCAAAAAUGGAGUAAUAUCUUCAGUGAAGUUUGGAAAAGAUGCGUAUGUUUACCUGAAGAAUCCACCCCCAGAAUUCCUUCCCAAAGUUGGUGUGAUUACAGUUUCAGGACUGACUGGAAUAGUCCUAGCCAGGAAAGGAUCUAGAUUCAAGAAAAUUGCCUAUCCCAUGUGCCUUGGCUCACUAGGCAUAUCUCUUUGCUAUCCAGCACAGUCAGUGGUUGUUGCGAAAGUUACAGGUGGCAAAGUUUAUGCUGCAAGCCACAAAAUGUAUUCAGCAAUAGGAUCACUCUGGACAAAAAAAUCCUCCGCAGAAGUCCCAGUUGCCCAGGACCAAGAUACUCAGGAAGCUUCAAGAAUAACUCACAGCCUCCCAAAAGCCCAGAAGGCCUCCCUAGAGUCGGAGGACAAGGCAGAAACUUUGGAGGAACGGACCCAGAGAGGGAGAACAAACAUGCACAGGGAUUAUGAGGCUUUGAUGAGUGAAAUGAAGGUGCCAAAGGUCAGAUCAGAUGUAUUGAAGGCAUCCAAGUUUAAAGCAGAUUCCAGCCUUAUGGACCAUGGCCAAGCCAGCCCAGAAGAUGCAGAUCUGUAUAGUAAGAGAAGCUAAUAUCCCCACACACACACUUUCCAUCAUGGGACUUUAAAAACAGGUGGAAGCACCAUGCAAUUUGCACUCAUGGUCUGUGUGGUGAUACCGAGUUACGUACUUUCUUACCUCCUGUUCUUCUGCCAAUAUUCUUGUCAAUUCUUAUCUUUUUGUUAUUGCUACUGCAUAUUUUGGAAUUGUUGAAAGCACAGUGGGUCUCGGUGUGAAAAGCAAAGGGUUUCUAAAGAGCAUACCGCUGUUAAACUGGUAACUAAUGUAAAUAAGAUAGAAGAAUUCUCUGCUGCUUCUAAUCAAAAGCUGGAAUGACAUUCAAUAUAGAGUAUUCAAACCACA